AUGGUCGCGGCCGAGGGAGACCAGCAGCCAUCUCAUUCAACUACUCCCGUCACCUCGCCGCCACAUGCCUCUGCCUCUGCCCCAGGCUCUUUGCCGACGCUGCCUGGGCCAUGCCAGUCACUGCAUGGAUUUGAAGACAUAUUUCUAGUUGUGAGGACUGGCGCAAGUGAGGCUCUAGAGAAACUCCCUGUUCAUCUCGAAACGACCCUACGCUGUUUGCCAAACGAGUCAUACGGGAUCUGGUCUGACCUGGAGGAAACCAUUCAAGGCCACCACGUUGGUAAUGCUCUCGACGAGGUCAGCCCCAAGAUCAUCGAGCAGCAUGCCGAUUUUGACUAUUAUCGACGCUUGCAGGAAAAGGGGCGAGCAGCAUUUUCAGUCGAAGAGCUGGCCUCGUGGGCAUCUGCACCAAACUCUGCCAAUGGUCGAAAUACCCCGGGUUGGAAGCUGGACAGAUGGAAGUUCCUACCGCUGGCGAAAAAGGCCUAUAACCAGCGCCCAGAUGCCAAAUGGUUCAUCUUCACAGAGUGCGAUGGGCACAUCAAUGGCGCUCGUUGUUAUUCUGGUUAUCACGUCAUGAUCCAGUGA